GGAGGAAUAUUUGCGUACUUGGUCGGGGUGAUAUAUCUGUUCAUCGGGAUCGCGAUCGUGUGCGAUGACUUCUUCGUCGCUUCGUUGGAAAAGAUUUGCGAAGCGUUGGGUUUGAGCGACGACGUCGCGGGGGCGACGUUCAUGGCGGCUGGUUCGUCCGCACCCGAGCUCGCUUCGAGCGCCAUGUCGUUGAUUAAUAGUGGUACCGAUAACGCUUUGGGCGUCGGUACCAUCGUUGGAAGCGCGGUGUUUAACAUUCUCGUCAUCAUCGGCACGACGGUGAUCUUCGCGGGGCAAACUUUGAAGCUGGAUUGGAAGCCUCUCGCUCGAGACUGCAGCUUUUACUUCGCCGCCAUCGUCGGCAUCGUCGCCACUUUCAACGGAGGCAGAGUGAAUUGGUGGGAAGGACUCAUUUACGUCUUUCUUUACUGCUUGUACAUCGCCUUCAUGUGGAAGAAUGUGUACUUUAUGAAACUUUUGGACGACAAAUUCGGCGACUAUCUCGGCCGCCCGGACGCGGCGGUGGAGAUGGAAGAAGCUGCGGGCGGCGGUCUCGGUGCCCAGUCGGCGUCUAAGGCUACGACUUCUGCCAUGAGUAAGGAACUGUCUUUCACGGGCUCAAUCUACGUCGGCUUCGCCGCGCAGCGAUUCAAGGCUGGCUUGGGGAACAAGCAGCACAGGGCAAAGGCGCUGAGUCCCGGGCAACUUCGAGCGAUUCGAAACGCUACGGAAAAGGUGACUUGGAGUCAUCAUCACGUGAAGCACGCUCCGACCGAAGAUGGCGUGGCGAGUGAAGACGGAGAUGACGAGACGAAUCCGUUCGUCAUGCCGGCGGAGUGGAAGGAUCGACCGAUUUGGGCGCUCAGCCUCCCGUGGUACGCUUUGUUUACGAUCUCGAUUCCGCCGUGUCACAAUCCGAAGUGGGAGAAGUGGUAUUUUGGAUCCUUCUUAGCGUCCAUAGGUUGGAUCGGAAUCAUUUCGCACUUCAUGGUGGAGUGGUGCGCGAGAAUCGGUUGCUUACUGAAGAUUCCCGCCAUCGUCAUGGGGACGACGGUGCUCGCCGCCGGGACGUCGAUUCCUGACGCGCUCUCGUCCAUCUCAGUCGCGAAGGAUGGCUUCGCAGACAUGGCAGUCGCGAACGCGGUGGGAUCAAACGUGUUUGAUAUUUGGCUGGGUUUGGGUCUUCCGUGGCUGUUAUACCUUUCGUGGCAAAAACCGAGCUACAUCACCGUGAGUACGACGGAACUCCUGCCGUCGUCGCUCAUUCUCCUCGGCGUCUUGAUUCUCUACGUC